AUCUAUAGCGUUUCUUCUUUUAAAGAGCUGGGCCACAGUUUGUGUUUCAGUCGAAGAUAAGUGAUUUGUACUGCUUUCUAAAGUAGUACAAUAUAUUCUUUUACGAUAUGAUGAAAGCAUCUCUAUCAGCCUAAAACUAAGAGCUGGUGGUGCUGGAUUGAAAAUUUUGUCAUCUUCUUUAUAUUCCUUGAUUUCGGACAUGGGUGCAGUGAUAUCUAGGUUGAGGAAGAGACUUCUUCAGAACCGUGAAGUGAGAAUCCUGAUGCUCGGUCUUGAUGCGUCGGGAAAGACAACCAUUUUGUACAAACUAAAACUUGGUGAAAUAGUUAUGACCGUGCCAACUAUUGGGUUCAAUGUGGAAACAGUAGAAUACAAAAAUAUGAGCUGCAGUGUCUGGGAUGUUGGAGGACAAGAUAAGAUAAGGCCAUUAUGGAGACAUUACUUCCAGAACAUCCAAGGACUUGUAUUUGUUGUGGAUAGCGGUGAUAGAGGCAGAAUUUGUGAAGCCUGUAAUGAGUUGCAUCGUAUUCUCAAUGAGGCAGAGCUAAGGAAUGCAGCUGUGCUUGUAUUUGCAAACAAGCAAGAUCUGCCUCAUGCAAUGACUCUCUCUGAAAUUACUACUAAACUUGGCCUCCACACACUUUCUCAAAGAAGAUGGUACAUACAAGGUACUUCAGCAACUUCUGGGCAAGGGCUUUACGAGGGUUUUGAUUGGCUAUGUAACAACAUUUGGCUAUGUAACAACAUUACUAAUCCAUGAUGCAUGCUUCAUAUAUGUAUAUAUAUGUAUAUAUAUAUAUAUAUAUAUAUACUCAGACAGACACACACACUCAUUUGUUUUGUUAAUGAAUAUAUGCUAAAAUACCAGUUUAUCAAUUUUCGUAAAUUAAAAUCAUAGAAGAAACUCAAAAUUUGUAAAUUUAAUGAAUAAAAGUUUGAUAGUUUUGCAGCUAAUUAAUUUCACAUUAUGAUUAUAGUA